AUGAGGCUGACAUUUGGGAUAUUCCCCAAGGAUGGCCUCAGUAUGUCCCUCUCCGGAGUCACCAUGGCUCUCUGUACCCUCACCCUGCUUCUAGUGGCUCUCAGGGGCCGCAAGCGAGAGGGUGCGGGACACCCCAAAGGCACCCUGCCACCGGGGCCGACCCCCUGGCCCCUGGUGGGUAACCUGUUCCAGAUGGGCGACCAGAUCCACCUGUCACUGACGCAGCUCCGGCUGCAGUACGGAGACGUCUUCCAGAUGCGUAUGGGCUCCCUUGUUGUGGUGGUGCUUAGCGGCUAUGCCACCAUUAGGCAGGCGCUGGUUCGGCAGGGUGAGGCUUUCGCUGGACGCCCUGACCUCUUCACCUUCUCUGCCGUGGCCAAUGGCACCAGCAUGACCUUCAGUGAGAAGUAUGGCCCCGCCUGGGUGCUCCACAAGAAGCUCUGCAAGAACGCCCUACGCUCCUUCUCGCAGGCAGAGCCGCGGGGUCCCGACACCACCUGUCUGCUAGAGGAGCACGUGUGCGCUGAGGCAGCUGGGAUGGUGGAGGCCAUUUGGGAGCGAUCAGAGGCGAGCGAGGGGCUAGGUCUGGACCCUGUGGUCCCGCUGGUUAUGUCGGUGGCCAAUGUGGUGUGUGCUCUGUGUUUCGGGAAGAGGUAUGACUACAAUGACAAGGAGUUCCUCACUAUUGUGCACAUCAACACCGAGGUGAUGCGGAUCUUCGCUGCAGGCAACAUGGCCGACUUCUUCCCUGUGUUCCGCUACCUGCCGAGCCCGUCCCUGCGUAAGAUGGUCCAGCACAUCAGGAGAAUGAACAGCUUCAUGGAACACAACAUUGAGGAGCACCUGGAGACCUUUGACAAGGACUGUAUACGUGACAUCACAGAUGCUCUGAUUGCCCUCUGUGAGGAGCGGCAAGAGGAUGAAGACACCGCAGUGCUGUCCAACUCCCAGAUCAUACACACUGUCAUCGACAUCUUUGGAGCAGGAUUCGAUACCAUCAUAGCUGGUUUACAGUGGAGCCUCUUAUACCUCAUCAAGUUUCCUGACAUCCAGGUCAAAAUACACCAGGAGAUUGACGACCACAUUGGCCCAUCCAGACUACCUCGGUUUGAAGACAAGCCCAGGAUGCCUUUUACCGAGUCCUUCUUAUACGAGGUGUUCCGUCACACAUCCUAUGUCCCUUUCACCAUACCACACUGCACCACACAAAACAUCACACUCAAUGGAUACUUCAUUCCAAAGGACACCUGUGUCUUCAUCAAUCAGUAUCAGGUUAAUCAUGACAUAGAUCUGUGGGGUGACCCGGACGUGUUCCGCCCCGAGCGCUUCCUGGGUAAAGAGGGACUGCUCAACAAAGACCUGACAGAGAAGGUCAUGAUCUUCGGGAUGGGGAAAAGGCGUUGCCUGGGUGAUGGGUUCGCUCGGUUGGAGAUGUUUGUAUUCCUGACCACACUGCUCCAUCGGCUGUGUAUCGAGAAUGUUCCGGGACAGGAGCUGGACCUCAGUACCGACUUUGGGCUCACCAUGAAGCCCCGCCCCUACAGGAUCAGUGUCUCGUCACGCCUCUAG